AGCGACUGGGUGGGGAGGUAGAGAGGGUGAUGGCAGACAGGGACUACACAGUGGAGAGAGUAAGGGGGGAGGUGGAGAGACUGCAGCAGGAGAGCAAGAGGAGUCAGGAAGCCAGGGAACAGGAGGCCAAGAUGCUCAGGGACGAGAUAUACAAGGUAAAGCAAGAGAGAGACAGACAGCACUCUAAGUUGGUGGGGGAGAUAGAUGGGGUGAAGGCGGAGGCCACCCAGCAGAGGAAGGAGAGAGACAACCAGAUUAGACAGCUCAAGGACAACCAGGCCAAACUGGAGGAUCUCAUAGCCGCACUACAGAAAGCCAAAGCGGAACUAGAGGUGCUGUUGAGAGGAAAGGACGACCAGAUUGGCAAUCUAAGCAGACAGAACAAAGAUCUCCAGGAGCUGCUCAAGGUCUGCACCUACAGACUCAAACUCCUCAAGGACUCCACAAUGGACGACGAGGAGUGAUGAUGCAAUUAUGCUGUAAUAAUGACGUCACAAUCCAAUAGAUACAUCUGAUUGGCCUAUUUAAUUAGCCUAUCACAUCCAAGAGAAAAAUGUGCUUAGUGGAACUCUCGAUAUAAAUGACAUUAUUUGAAGUUAAACUCUUGACCUGCCAAUAGCCAAAAUGAGCCCAUUGUCAAGCAAAAUCAGAUAAAUGAUGACUCGUUUCAGUCGAGUUUUAGCAAUUUUGAUCGCGCUUUUACUUUUUCAUCCCGCUAUCUUGAAGUUCUAUGGUCUAAAAAUAUUUCCGUGUUUCAUCAGUAAUCACAACUAUACUUGACCGAUAACGCUUUAGCAUGUAUGUGAACCUUUAUCUUCAUAAUAAUGAAGCUUCUUGUAAAAUUUCUUCCGGAUGUUUUUAAUUUCUACUUUUUGUACAGCUUUUGAAUAAACUUUCAGUAUUGAAUUUGUAAUUACGAUGUCUAUUGUUAACGAACUUUAAAUUGAAUACAUAAAUUGCUCAAAUGUGCGAAUGUUUGCCGUUUUUCACAAUAUAAUUUUUUACUCAA